UCCCCUGAGCCCCACAUGAGCACUGGGCUGGAGACCACCCCAUGGCUGGGAGGAGCCUGAGAGGGUGCUGGGGGCGGAGGACGCCAGGCUCUGUUUUCCAUUGACUGGUCUCUGAAGGCGCCUCCUCCCUGCCAGGGGUUCAACACCCCGGCUGUCAGGCCCUGACAGAAGGCUAAGCAUUGACAAAGGGUCAGGUAACCACCACAAGCGGGCAGCGGGCAGCGGGCGGAGCUGGAGGGGGAGCCCAUCCACAGACCUCACCUCUGACACCGCCUGGGCCAGCCGGGAAAUGCUCCGCACUCUGACCUCCGCCAGUGUGGCCCUGGGGCCCCGGGUGGCAGGCUGGGUGCGCACCAUGGCCUCGCACCAGCUGCUGGUGACCCCCCCAGAGGCUCUGCUCAAGCCCCUGUCGGUGCCCAGCCGGCUCCUGCUGGGGCCCGGCCCCUCCAACCUGGCUCCACGCGUCCUGGCGGCCGGGGGACUGCAGAUGAUCGGCCACAUGCACAAGGAGAUGUACCAGAUAAUGGAUGAGAUCAAGCAAGGCAUCCAGUACGUGUUCCAGACCAGGAACCGCCUCACGCUGGCCAUCAGCGGCUCGGGGCACUCUGCCCUGGAGGCUGCCCUGCUCAACCUCCUGGAGCCUGGGGACUCCUUCCUGGUUGGGGCCAACGGCAUUUGGGGACAGCGGGCAGCCGAGAUCGGGGAGCGCAUAGGAGCCCGCACGCACCCGAUGAUCAAGGACCCUGGAGGCCACUACACAAAGCAGGAGGUGGAGGAGGGCCUGUCCCAGCACAAGCCGGUGCUGCUGUUCCUGACCCACGGGGAGUCCUCCAGCGGCGUCCUACAGCCCCUGGAUGGCUACGGGGAGCUCUGCCACAGGUACCAGUGCCUGCUCCUGGUGGACUCUGUGGCAUCCCUGGGCGGGGCCCCCAUCCACAUGGAUCAGCAAGGCAUCGACGUCUUGUACUCGGGGUCCCAGAAGGUCCUGAAUUCCCCUCCGGGCACUGCACUCAUCUCCUUCAGUGACAAGGCCAAAAAUAAGAUCUACAGCCGGAAGACGAAGCCCUACUCCUUCUACCUGGAUAUGAAGUGGCUGGCCAACUUCUGGGGCUGUGACGACAAGCCCAGGAUGUACCAUCACACGACCCCUGUCAUCAGCUUGUUCAGCCUGAGAGAGAGCCUGGCCCUCAUCGCAGAAGAGGGCCUGGAGAACAGCUGGCGACGGCACCGGGAUGUCACCGCUUACCUGCACGGGCGCCUUCAAGGGCUGGGCCUGCAGCUCUUCGUGAAGGAUCCCACGCUCCGGCUGCCCACCGUCACCACGAUUGCCGUGCCUGCUGGCUACGACUGGAGAGACAUCGUCAAGUACCUCAUAGACCACUUCUCCAUCGAAAUCACGGGCGGCCUGGGGCCCUCCUUGGGGAAGGUGCUGCGGAUCGGCCUCCUGGGCUGCAACGCCACCCGGGAGAACGUGGACCGAGUGAUUGAGGCCCUACAGGAGGCCCUGCAGCGCUGCCCCCGGAACAAGCUAUGACUUGGGCACCAGGCCCUGCCCUUGGGCCCGGGGGCAGGAUAGGCCCCAGCCCCAAGUGGCCCUUCUCCUUCCUAGUAGAACUCCCUGGAAAUGGCCCUUUGGGCUCAGGAUCCUCAGCUCCUCCCAAAUGAGCUGCAGUCCCCAGGUCACUGGCCUUCUGAGAAUACUCAAUAAAGAACAGGUGGUCAUCCAUCCUCACUGUGCGGGCUGGGCUGCGGAAGAGUCUGGCAGGAAGGCACUGCUGCGCCCUGACUGCACCUUUGUUGGGGGAAGCUCACGGCAGAUCCUCGCUUAGGGCUUCCCUGGGGCUAGAAGAUGGGGUGUGCAGGGGCCCCAGGUCUCACACCUGCCAAACACAUGGUCACACACAGCCUCCAGGGGAGCUCACAGCCGCAGGGUGACCCGUGACCUGAGUUGAGGGUGAAGGCAGAAAGCCUAGAGCACACAGCUGGGACCUGAGCCUGGGUACCUGGCCCGCAGGCCAGCGCAGGCACCAAGUCUGGGGGGGCCUCUGCCCGGCCGCCAGCAGACCCUCCAACGUGCAGCUGAGGGUGGCCUGGAGCCCCGGCCUCCCCACUCCUUGGUUUGGCUCUUGGACCUUCUGUCCAUUCACUCUGCCCUCACUUGGGCCGAGCCCCCUCAGCCUCUCCCUAAUUUGAAGUUUCAGACUAGGCCCACCUCUGACCUACUCUGGACCAGGGUAUGCUCUGGGCAGUCAGAGCCAUGCCCACAUUACCCGGUCCUCACUGGUCCUCACUGGCUCUGCCCCUGUCACUCACCCAGGGCACUCGGGUAGGUCCCUGAGCAGAUCAGAGGCCAUCCACGCCCAGUGCUUUGGGCCACCAGGAGAGACGGGCACUGGUGGGACACUCACAUGACAGCUAUGGUCAGCACAGGACCUGUGAGGGCCAGAGGGUCUGAAGUCCAGAAAGCAAAGGUAGGGAUGGGUGCUUUUCCAGAAGAGGCCCGAAAGCUUGGGGGCCCGAACACACAGGGCCCUGCAGGUCACCUUCACGACGUAGGCCUUUGUCCUGAGAGCAGCCCUGUCUUGGUGGGGCUUCCCCAGAAGCAGACAAGCGCCAUCCAGCGGCAGGCCCCCUGAGCUCCCCAUCCAGUCAGUGCACCACCUCCCACUGAUUUCCAUCACCACCGAUCAGUUUUGUGACUGGAGUUCAUAUAAAUGGAACCACACAGUAUAUUCUCUAGCCGGUCUGCUUUCCCUUCGCACUUGGUUACUGUGGGAAUGCGGUGAGUCUUUGUUGCUGGGUUACCAUUGCAUUGCAUGGAUUUAUCAAAAUUGGUGCAUCACCUGCUGCUGAUGGACCCCUGGGUGAUUUCCAACUGGGGGCUAUUAUGAAUACGGAGGUAAUGACCAUUCUUAGACAGGCUUUAUGUGGACACCUAUUCAUUUCUCUUGGGUAAAUACCUAGAGUGGAAUUAUGGGUCACACGGUAAGGACAGGUUUAACUUUGUAAGGCGCUGCUACCAUGUCCUCAGAGGUGGUUGCAACCUUUUACAUUCUCACCAGAGUGGAGGAGAGUUCCUGUUGCUCCACACUCUCACCAUCACUUGGCGUUCUUUUCCCCCCAGUGCGUGUGAAAUUGAAUCUACUUUGAUUUUAUUAUGCAUUUCCCUGAUGAUUGAUGGUGUUGAGCAUCUUUUCAUGUGUUUAUUGGCCAUUCAUGUAUUUCCUUUUGAGGAGUGUCAGCCCAAGGGUUUUGCUCACAUUAUUUGAUGUUAUCUUCUUAUUGUCAACUUGUGAUAGUUAUUCGAUAGGUUCUGGAUACUGUCAGACACGCUGCUAUGAGCAUUUUCUCCUAAUCUGUGGCUUACCUGCACUCAUAUCGUGUCUUUCAAAGAGCAGAUAUUUUAAAUGUU